AUGGCGACGGCCACAUCGCCCCAAGCCGCCGCCAGCGCCAUCCUCAACCACACCUCGCCCACCUACACAUUCGCCUUCACGCCCUUCCUCCAGCAGACCUACCAGGUCUCCCUCCCCGCCGACCGGCCGAUAUGCCGUGCCUUCAACACGGGUACCUGCCCCAACGGCACGCGCUGCCCGGAGCGCCACGUCCUCAUCAACCCCUCCGAGUCCACACAGCGCCAGGGCGGCCUCAACUCGCUCGUGUGCAAGCACUGGCUGCGCGGGCUCUGCAAAAAGGGCGAGCACUGCGAGUUCUUGCACGAAUACAACCUACGCAAGAUGCCCGAGUGCAACUUCUUUAUGCGCAACGGGUACUGCUCUAACGGCGACGAGUGUCUCUACCUGCACAUUGAUCCGCUCUCGCGGCUGCCCCCGUGUCCGCACUACGACAUGGGCUUCUGCCCCCUGGGCCCGCGCUGCGCGAAGAAGCACGUGCGGAGGAAACUGUGCGUGUACUACUUGGCCGGGUUCUGCCCCGACGGACCCGAGUGCAAGGCGGGCGCGCAUCCAAAGUGGCAGACCAACCUCGAUCGGCCGCGGGCGAGGAGCGAGGUCAAGGAGGAGGAAGACGCAGAGAGGGAGGCAAGGAUCGAAGCGGCCAUGGGCCGGGAGGAGGAGGAGCGCAGAGAGGACUGGGGUGGCGGACGCGGCGGCGGUCAACAUCGCGGCAGGGGUGGGCGGUGGAGAGGGGGCAGAGGACGAUUCAGAGGAAAGCACUAA